AUGGAUUCUCCAAAUCUCCGUCUCUUGCUUCUUCUCGUGUUUGCUUCCGCCAUUAACGCCCAAGAUUUCUCGCCACACGCGAUCUGUGCCACCACCGGCAACUUCACCGCGAACAGCACCUACGAAACCACCCUAGCCACCCUCCUCUCCUCCAUAUCCACCACCAACUCCUUGCCCCUCAAGUACGGCUUCUUCAACGCCUCCUCUGCCGUCUCCGGCGCCUCCCAAACCAUCUUUGUCAUUGGCUCCUGCCGCGGCGACUUUACUGGCGAGAGCUGCCGCGCCUGCCUCGAUGCCUCAGCCUCUGACAUCCGCCGCCUCUGCCCCCUCCAGAAGGAGGCAGUGCUCUACAGCGGGAACUGCACCCUUCGGUACAAAAACGCCUCAAUCUUUGGCGAAGUUGUGGUCGACCCCGACUACUGGUUGUACAACCCGAAUAACGUCUCGAGCCCGGACACGUACAACGCGGCACUGACAACGCUGCUAGGUAGGCUGCAGGGCGAGGCCGCGGGUGGCGGCUCACUGAGGAAGUAUGCGGCAGGGAACACCUCAGCAGGGUUCGACGUGAUCUAUGCAAUGGUGCAGUGCACACCGGACUUGACGGAGCAGCGGUGCAUUGACUGCCUGGUGAAAAUCAUCUCAAGGCUCACGGGCUGCUGUGCCGGGAGGAUAGGAGUGAAUUACAGGGCGCCGAGUUGCCAGUUCCGGUAUGAGACCAGUUAUCGGUUCCUCAACCCCAUCGGCGAGCCACUUCCGCAAUUGCCUCCACCACCGCCUCCACGACCAGAAAUUGCUCUUGCAGGUGGAAAGGGCAAUUCGACGAGGACCGUGAUCAUUGCGGCCGCCACAAGUUUUUCUGCAGGACUUCUUAUCGGCAUUCUCAUACUCUUGAUAGAGAAAAGGAAGAAGCAGCAGCGCGGAGAAAGAGUUGAAGGUGAAGUUGAGGAUGAAAUUAGCACGGUGGAGUCACUGCAAUUUGAUUUCGGCACUAUCAGAGCAGCAACGGAUAACUUCUCUGAUUCCCGAAAGCUUGGACAAGGCGGUUUUGGUGCUGUUUACAUGGGCCGGCUCUCCAACGGACUGGACAUCGCAGUGAAACGACUGUCCAGUAAUUCCAGCCAAGGUGAAGUAGAAUUCAAGAACGAGGUCAUGUUACUAGCUAGGCUACAACAUAGGAACUUAGUCAGGCUCUUAGGUUUCUGUCUAGAAGGAAUCGAACGACUUCUCAUUUACGAAUUUCUGCCCAAUUCGAGCCUGGAUCAGAUCAUAAUCGAUCCUGUGAAGCGUGCGAAUCUAUUUUGGGAUAAGCGUCACAAGAUAAUAAUGGGUGUCGCUCGAGGGCUGCUUUACCUACAUGAAGACUCUCGACUUCGUAUCAUCCACCGAGACCUCAAAGCCAGUAACAUUUUAUUGGACUCGGAUAUGAAUCCUAAGAUAUCAGAUUUUGGUAUGGCGAGGAUGUUCGAUUUGAACCAAACUCAAGCCGAGACAAACCGAAUCGUGGGGACCUACGGAUAUAUGGCACCGGAAUAUGCGAUGCAUGGAAACUUCUCAGUCAAGUCAGAUGUGUAUAGUUUCGGAGUGCUAGUUUUGGAGAUUGUUAGUGGUCAGAGGAACAAUCUUUUUCGUAUGGGCGAUGACUCAGAGGUUUGGAAGAAUUGGAAAGAAGGAUCAAUAUCAAACAUUAUCGAUCCCCCUAUAACUUCUGGUUCAAGUAUCGAAAUUGAAAGGUGCAUCCACAUUGGUCUACUAUGUGUCCAAGAAAACUUGGCUCGCCGGCCAACAAUGAGAUCGGUCCUUCUCAUGCUUAACAGCCAUUCAGUCACUCUCCAAGUGCCCUUGAGACCUGCAUUCUUUAUGCAUGGUGGCAUAGAAUCUGAUAUGUCAUCCAUGCAGGAUUACAAUUCGAGGGUAUCUAUGAUUGAGAGAUCAAGCAGCAAGUCGAACCCGAUCUCGAAAAACGAGACUUCUAUGACCGAGCCAUAUCCACGGUAG